AUGGCCCAGCAGAACUAUUCAGGAGCUGCCAUUUACCGGUGCAACGGCAAUGAAGCAACGACGCCGUCAGAGUCCCUCUACACGUGCAACGGCCAAUUCUCUUCUGGCCGGGCUUUCCUGAUCUUCACAGCCAAGUCUCCAUAUGUUACAGUUGCGGCAAUUGCUAAUCUGACCUUGUCGGACCAAGCUGAAAUUUCCCGAAUCAACAACAUCACGACAUCCAGAGUCCUCCCAGAAGGACAAGAGGUCGUUGUCCCAGUUGAGUGCUCGUGUUCGGGUCGAAGCUAUCAAGCCACCAUCACUUACCAGAUCCAACCCGGCGAGACUUACUUCUUAAUUGCAGACAAUACUUUCAAGGGAUUGUCCACUUGUGACGAGCUUAAACAUGCAAAUACGUACCGGGAGACGAGUUUGUUGGCUGGGCAGAAGUUGCGAGUUCCGCUGAGGAAGCGUAGUAUAACUACUUCACCACCUCUGCCUCCUCCCGUUUCUCUGAAAAGCAAACCAAAGAGGGCUCCAUUGAUUGUUGGCAUUACUGCCGGAGCUUUUUUUCUGCUAAUAUCGCUGCUAGUUCUCUUGUUUCUGUCUUGGAAGAAAAGAGCACAAGUUGCAGAUGAAAUAAAGAAGGCUACAAGAAAUUUUGGGUCCAGAAGCAGGAUCAAAGACCACGAGUACCGGGGAACUUUCAAACGGGAAGUUUUGGCUGUUAAAAAGAAUAGCGGGAAUGCAGAGUACGAGGUGAAGAUGUUGUAUAAGAUAAAUCACUUCAAUAUAGUAAGACUUCAUGGAUUCUGCCAAGAUAAAGAUGACUUGUACCUCGUGUAUGAGUACAUGGCAAAUGGCUCCCUUCGGGACUGGCUGAACAGAAGAGGAUCCCAGCAUACGAAGAGCUGGUACCAACGCAUGCGUAUUGCACUUGAUGUUGCCAAUGGCCUUCUCUAUCUCCACAACUUCGCAAACCCAGCUUACGUGCACAAUAAUGUAAAAAGCAGCAAUGUUCUUCUAGAUGGAAACCUGCGAGCAAAAAUUACGAAUUUCAGUCUUGCAAAAGAAGCAAACUGCAGUGAUACAAAAAGGAUUGUGGGGACUAGAGGAUACAUGGCACCUGAAUGUCUUGGUGCAGGUCCAGUUACUCCCGAGGUCGACGUAUACGCCUUCGGAGUAGUACUGCUGGAGCUUAUAACAGAUGAAUUCCCAGUAAUUGAGCAGGAUGGUGGAGGAAGACUUCUUUCAACAUCGGUAGCUGCUCUUAUGGAAAGCUUGAAUGCAGAAACUGACCUAUGCAGCUUUAUUGCCUAUGGUCUCGCUGGAAAUGGUGGGACAAAAUAUGCCCUCCAGGUGGUGAAGCUAAGCUUAAGCUGUUUGACACAAGACCCUUCCGAUCGACCAGACAUGAUCGAGGUUGUCUCAAUUCUGCAGAAAAUGUACUCUAUUAUACAUACCCCACACUAA